AUGAAAUACCUUGAGCAUGGCGAUUUGGAGGGGUAUCUGACGGAUCCAAUGCCGGAGAACGAAGGUCGUACAGUUACUCAACAAGCUUGUAAUAUCUUAAUUCUACAUAAAGGUCCAGAAUGGUGGAUCAAGAUAGCGGACUUUGGGAUCAGCAAGAGAGUCGAGAAUACUGCUCUCCGAACUCGGAUUGGCACCGAUGCUUAUCUGGCGCCAGAAACCAAAGGAAAAAAUUUCACUUUCGCUAUAGACAUCUGGGCUGUAGGCGCUAUUGUUUUCCGGAUGGUCAGCUGCAGACUGCCAUUCUUGGACGAUCCUGCCUUGUCUGACUAUGUUGAGGGUGCGUUACCAUUCCCUGUCGUAAAUGGGAUCAGUCAAGAAUGCUCUGAGUUCAUGGUUCAAACCAUGAAAGCGUCACCACUUAAAAGGCCAACAUCCCAUCGUGCAAUGUCCCAUCCUUGGCUACGUGUUGCAGACCAAGUGACCACAUCAGUCCCGGUACCCGCUGGGAAGACAGGUGGUCUACCCCUCCCGGAACUAAGAACUUACAAACCAUCUAGCCAAUUCCAGGCCUAUAACUUGCCAACGUUGAAUGCUGAAAGAGCCUCAACUGCACCUGAUAUUCAAGCGCCUGAAGUGCUCAUCCCCAAUAUUCCCGUAUCAUCUUCAGCAUCAAAUCAUACCCACAAUAAUGGAACUGCCAGAAAGUCCAUUGAGAGAACUUGGCCGAGUCUGGAGCUACGACGUAAGCAGACGCUUAAAUCUAACGAGUAUGAUGAUACUGUCAAUCGUUACCCGGGUGCUGUUACGUCUUUGCACUUUUCAAUCCGUGGACACCGAAUUCUAUCUCGUACAAAAAAUGUUUUCGCACUCUGGGAAUCGGGUGAGAACGAAGAAUUCUGGUGCCGCGGUCAACAGCACAUUCAAGCAAGAGGGGUGGUCAGAUCAAUACACGUCUCGCAGAGAGGAGAUAAGUUCACACUACGACGUCAGAGACCGGGAGAGGGGAAAUGUGAUAUCAGUGAGCGACAUCUGUAG